CAACAACUUUCCUCAUUCACUUUUAACGGUCCAUCACCAACAAGCAGCAAUUAGCCAUGUCCCGACCCAGCAGAAGAAUGCUCACCCUUCCCACUGCUCAGGAAUUCACUCAGGGCACCAACCCGAUUCGCCUUCACAAGAAGAGAGAUCGCUUCCUCUUUAUGACCUACAAUCUCCUGGCACAGGGCCUGAUCCGCCGUGAUAUGUUCCCGCACGCCAGUCAAAAGGCCCUCCGCUGGAAGUUCAGAAAACAGAACAUACUCCAAGAAUUCCUCGCCUUCAAUCCUGAUCUGGCCUGCCUGCAGGAGGUCGAUUUUUGGGACGAGGUGUAUCACCCAGCCCUGACCAAGGCCGGUUACGAAGCCGUGUACUAUAAGAACCAGAACAAAAAACACGGCUGUGCCAUCAUCUGGCGUAAAUCCAGGUUCGAAAAGGUGGACCAGUUAACUUUGGAGUACGACGAUAUUGGACAACCGACCUUCAUGACUGGAAACAUCGGCCUCAUGGUCGGCCUACGACCCUUAAAGCACCAGCCCGAGAACCCAGACCCGAAUGCGGACAUGGUACUCCCUGAAGAAAAGGAAGAUCAUGACCAAGGCUCCACCGGCAAUGGAACUACUGAUGAUGAUGGAGACAUAGGUCUUCCAGGAGGCAUAUUGGUUGCCACUACACAUCUGUUCUGGAGACCCGAUGGGUCGUAUGAGCGCCUUCGUCAAGCAUCCAUCUUGCUCGACAGAAUCAAUGAGUGGAACCAGAAACUGAACUACACAGUUUUGCUCGGCGGAGACUUCAACACGACUCCCCGAGAUGCAGCAUAUCGAGCCAUGACCAGGAACAAGAUGCCUCCGCGGCAGAUCCCUGACCUAGAGAAGUGGCUCGUAGAAGAGGUCACUCGUGUCCAAGAGGCCGAGACAGAAGCGGCAGUAUCUGCCUCACAAGAAACCGAUGAUGAAUCCAAAAAACCGGUCGAUGCAGAUCAGCACGACGCAGACGUCGAGCAGUUAUCUUCACAGACCGCGAAACUGGGUCUCAACGGAAUAACCGAUGACACCACAAAUGGCAAGAAAAAAGAGGACGAAAAGGUCUCUGACCUUCCCUACCGUGCCCCACCAACAGGCAUCAUCCUGCCCAAAAACACCUCCACCAAGUCAUCCUCAGCAGAACCUGAAUCAACGAUCCAAGACCCUGCUAGUUUCGCUUCAUCUAAUGAUCCAAAGAUCAAGAACCUGGCUACUACCAGCGCCUCUUGUUCAGGCGGCGAGGAUGCUCCUGUCCUAGCGCCUCUCGAGGCAUUCACCCCUCCACGAGAUCUUCUCGCAUCAAUCGAAACCCACGUUCGCUGCAUCAGUAUCUAUGGACAAUACGAGAGCUUGAUCAAGGACAACUCGGCUGAGGUGAAUGCUAAACUUGCUACUGCGACAGCCACGCAAGAGUCGACUGCUACCGAGGCAUCCAAGGAGCACACCCAUGGAGAGCCGAUCUUCACCAACUUUGCGACAUGGUUCAAAGACACGCUCGACUAUGUAUAUCUUUUCGAUGAGCCCCGCCCAGAGAAUGGUGCCCGACUUGUGCCUCUAAGACUACUCGAGAUUCCUGACCAGAGCUUUUUAGGCCAUGGUCUGCCCGAUGAGAAUUUCUCGAGUGACCAUCUCUGCCUUAUGGUCGAGUUUGCGAUCCUUUCUAGAUGAUAGAUUAUCUCCAUAGGCUUGAAUCUCCUGUUCACUUAUUUCCAUAAUCUACAAUGAUAUCCAUAUGGCUGGUUCCACUGAGUGCUUGACAAUGACUGGAAAAAAAAAAAGAAAAAGAGAAAUAAAGAAAGAUGGUCGACUGAGAUUUAUUACAAA